CAGCAGUGACAGCUGCUUCCCGGAUGAGGAGGGCGGUACUGAAGCCAGCAGGGAAGCCAGCCCCACAGCCACGGCCCCUCCAGCCUCCUCACAGCUCCCCACAGCCUGGACCUGCCGGCCCUCCCUCCAGGACCUAGGGGCUCCCAAGGGAAAUUCAGCCCCGGAAUCUUUCCCCAAAGCAGGUGACUCCCUCUGGCCUCUACCUUGAAGACGCAAGGCUCUCGAGGUCUGCUUUCCCUUCCAACCCUGCCUUCAUCCGUGUGUGCUGGUCCUAAUGUCAGUGAAACCCAGCUGGGGGCCUGGCCCCUCGGAGGGGGUCACUGCAGUGCCUACCAGUGACCUUGGAGAGAUCCACAACUGGACCGAGCUGCUCGACCUCUUCAACCACACUUUGUCCGAGUGCCAUGUGGAGCUCAGCGAGAGCACCAAGCGUGUGGUCCUCUUUGUCCUCUACCUGGCCAUGUUUGUGGUUGGGCUGGUGGAGAACCUCCUGGUGAUAUGCGUCAACUGGCACAGCUCAGGUCGGGCUGGGCUGCUGAACCUCUACAUCCUCAACAUGGCCAUAGCGGACCUAGGUGUCGUCCUGUCUCUGCCCGUGUGGAUGCUGGAGGUCAUGCUGGACUACACCUGGCUCUGGGGCAGCUUCUUCUGUCGCUUCACUCACUACUUCUACUUCGCCAACAUGUAUAGCAGCAUUUUCUUCCUGGUGUGCCUCAGCAUCGAUCGCUAUGCCACCCUCACCAGCGCCUCCGCCUCCUGGCAGCGUCACCAGCACCAGGUGCGGAGGGCCGUGUGUGCAGGCAUCUGGAUCCUCUCUGCCAUCAUCCCGCUGCCUGAGGUGGUCCACAUCCAGCUGAUAGAGGGCCCUGAGCCCGUGUGCCUCUUCAUGGCACCUUUUGAAAUGCAUAGCACCUGGGCCCUGGUGAUGACACUGUCCACCACCAUCCUGGGUUUCCUGCUGCCCUUCCCUCUCAUCGCAGUCUUCAAUGUGCUGAUGGCCUGCCGGCUGCGGCAACCAGGACAGCCCGAGAGCCGGCGCCACUGCCUGCUGAUGUGUGCCUACGUGGCCGUCUUUGUUAUUUGCUGGCUGCCCUACCAUGUGACCCUGCUGCUGCUCACACUGCAUGGGACCCACAUCUCUCUCCACUGCCACCUGGUCCACCUGCUCUACUUCUUCUAUGAGGUCAUCGACUGCUUCUCCAUGCUGCACUGUGUCAUCAACCCCAUCCUUUACAACUUUCUUAGCCCGCGCUUCCGGGACCGGCUCCUGAAUGCCGUAGUCCAUUACCUUCCCAAGGACCAGGCCAGGGCAGGCACACACGCCUCCUCUUCCACCCAGCAUUCCAUUGUCAUCACCAAGGUGGACGGCCAGCCCGCUGCAGCAGGCCCCCACCCUGAGCCAAGCCUGAGCUUUCAGGCACCCCCUUUACUUCCAAAUACUUCCCCCAUCGCUCCCCCUCAACCUCUUACAUCCAGCUGAAGUAGAGGCCAGGCUCCUCCAGUGAAGGAAAAGGAACAG